UUUUUUUGACUUUGGUCUUAUGCAAGGUUGAUAAAAAAAAAAGAACGCCAUUGUCAGUGUAACGGCGCCUCUUUUCUUAUCUUCUUCAUCGCCGCGCGGAUCAGCGCCUCCAUCUCAGAGAACACCGCCAUUACAAGGGCUAAUUCAUUGGGCCGAUCUCACCCAUUGCUUGUGACUGUCCUGGCUUUUCUCACAUUCCAGCCGGCUCUCUUUCUCCUUCUCUGAGACACACACGAAUCGCUUCUUCUCCAGCUCGAAUCCGCCUCCGAGGAGCGACUCCGCGCCUCACCAUGCGCCCCCUCAUCGCGCUGCUGGCCACGGCGGCCAUUGUGUCCGCCGGCCCAUUAAGAAACGACCAGAGCGACUUGGGCUACGCCUAUCUCUUCCAACGCGAUGGCUGCGACGGCACGCCCUGCGGCUCAGACAGCCAGUACUGCUGCGACAGCACUGAGCUGUGCACCACGCUGAGCGGAAACGUCGCCACCUGUCUGGGGGGAUACGGCGCAUACACGAGCACCUGGACCGAGACGAGGACCUUCACCACCACCUACUUCACCCACUGGGCGCCUGUGCCAACGCCCACCGCCGGCGUCAAUUGCGUGCCGCAGGACUCUCAACAGGCGGCCUGUGGCCCCAUUUGCUGCGCCGGAUGGCAGACCUGUGCUUUCCAAGGCCAGUGCUCGGCCAAGCCUGGCUACGCUGAGCCCACGCCGGUGGUGGUCGUCUCCGAUGGCCAUACCACGACCCAAUACUCGGCCCCCUAUCGAGUCACCGGAACUACGACCAUCACCAGCAUUCAGACGGGCACUAACACGGGGGCAUCUGCAACCGCCACCGGCGAUGGAGAGGCCAUUGGCGCCGGCAGCAAAACCACCAACGGCAACGGCCUCAGCCCUGGCGCCAUUGCCGGCAUUGUGAUUGGAACUCUCGUCGGUGUAGCUCUGCUGCUGCUGCUCUGCUUCUGCUGCAUCGCCCGCGGCCUAUGGGCUGCUAUUUUCGGCAAGAGACGAUCCAACGACAGCAGCGUCCGCGAAGAGGAAAUCGUCGAGGAGCGCUACUCCAAGGGCGGCAGCCGCGCAGCCUCAGCCUCAGCCUACUCUCGUCGUGAUCGCCACGGCGGCUGGUUUGGCGGCAGCAGCCGUCCGGGCACCUCUACCGUCGUCACGGAUCGCCGUGAGAAGAGGAAGAGCAGCAGUGGAGGUUGCUGGAAGUGGCUUGGAAUUGGAGCCGUGGCUGCGACUCUCUUCACGCUGCUUAACCUUAAGAAGGAUAAGCGGCCGAACUCUCGCAAGUCGCCUUCGCGGUACAGCAAUUCUUACUACAGCUACUCGGACUAUACUCAAAGCAACACUGCCAGCUCUAGCAACGGUCAACAAAGAUCGCGCAGUCGCCGCAGCAGAUCCAGUCGGGGCGGACGAUCACAAUCACAGCGAUACGCCAAGCGGCCAUAGUCUUGCCGCUCUUCUGGCUGCGACGUUUUGUACAUGAGCCUCACGACGCCUAUCAGUAUUAAUGCUGUUGCUUGUUCGACAUGAACAUAUUCAUCAGGCAAACGACCAUACAGUUUGAAACUGGGCCUUGCUCCCUUUUUUUAUGCCCCUAAUUAUUCUUCCCUCCUUUCCUUAUCUACAACGGUCAUAUAUAUGGCGUUUGCGGCGCAGGAAGGCGACUUGUUAUGUGGCAUCCCUUUGCCCAUAUAUACCUGUCGGUUUUUCUUUGCUAUUUUAUGAGUUUUGCUAUUUUACGUGGAAUAUACUUUGAAAUGAAGGCAUGAGAGAAAUGAAAGAAAUGAGGAGACAAGAAAAAAAAAAGGCGGUGGAGAGAGUGAUGAUGAUGAAGCAUGAAAAGUACAUACUAUGAAAGACCAAGAUGAAAUGAAUAUAAGAUGACUUUUGAC